UUUUCGAUUCCUACUAUUUGCUUGAUUUUUUUUUUUUUUCUUCUGGUUUAGCGAUUGAAAUAUGUUCUCUUAAGUCUUAUGUGUUUUAUAUUUGCCACAAGGGUAGUGAUUUCUAUUUGUCAGACUUACUAGUUAUCUCAACAAUUUUUAGUCAGACUUGUCUCUCAAUUCUACUACUCUGGAUUAUCAGGAUCCCUUGUUAAGAGUUGAAAGGUUAAGACUUGAAUAAAAGAUUAAAGUAGCUUUAAUUUUUUUGAAAUAUCUAUGACGAUGCAACCAAGAAAAGGGUUAUUUUCCGUGUCACUAUCAGUGUUGUUAAAUAGAGGCAAUAGCAUGGCAGAAUUUGAACAAAUCCCUUUUUGUUCCUUGAUACUCUAUUUAAUACAAUUACAAUUAUUGUGAAAUAGCGGCGCUAUAGCACUGUUGUUGUAUAGCAAAAUUUGAACAAACUUCUGUUUGCCACAUGUGAUUGAAUAGAGAUAGAUUGCUUUUAUUUAUUUAGGUGCAUAUACAAAAUCUCCUUCUUUCUUCAAAGUUUGAACCUAUCAAACCCGAUAAGGGACAUUAUUUGAGUAAUUGAUAAACUUUUAAAUAUACGACAUUACAUACAUAAUUAUUUUUCCUUAGAAAACACAAGUAGAGUAGAAGAUUGUACAUUAUCUUGGUGUUCUGAUUUAAGAUCAAUUAUUUAUUCAGGAAGCUACUGGAUUAUCAAGUUUCUCAAGUUUGAUGAGGAAAGAAGAAUUCGAUCCAUCUGGAAGACCUUACUAUUUUGUUCUGCCUCAAGAUUCAACAAACUCCAUACAAUCCUAUGCUACCACAUUGGGCUACACCUAUGCAGGCUUGUUACAAUCCCGAGUUUACUCCAAAUCCCUAUUAUAAUCAUCCACCUGCAGCUGGUUCUUACUUGAAUCAUCAGUCUGAAGCUGAUUCUUACUUGAAUCAUCAGUAUGCAGCUGGUUCUUACAUGGAUCAUCAGUACAUGUGGCAAAAUCAGGAAAACAACACACUGCUUCAAUGUAAUGCUCUACAUGAUCCUGCGAAGCUCUCCAAUAAAUCUAUUCUGGCUGAGGAUGCUGCAAUUGCUUUCUCAGAAAUGGAAGCUGAUGAUAUUAGAAAAGACAGAAAAAGACAAUCAAACAGGGAAUCAGCUAAGAGAACAAGGUUAAGGAAAAAGCAUGAACGUGAAGAUCGUACAAAGAUAGAGACUCUUAACGAAGAAAUUGCUGUCCUAACAAAACAACUGAAAAGUUAUUUUGAGGCAUGUCUGGAGCUGGCUGAGGAAAACGAUUCCAUUGAGGAAGAGCUAAUUAAGGAGUAUGGACCAGAAUUAAUUGCAGAUCUAUUGUUCAUGAAGCCUACUGCUUGACAUUGUUACUGAUGGUCUCCCAAAUAACAGUUUUAAGAUAGGAAACAUCUAACAACUGAUCAGAAUCUAUCAUUUUUUAUUUAUUUGGGCUGGACUUAAGUUCUUAAUUAGACAUGAUGAUAUAUUUGUAAAUCAACAGAUAGUUUUUUGAGAGCAACAUUAAUAGAUACUAUUUAAAUCUGUU